AUGGCGAUGGGUAAAUGGCUGCUGUACGCCGGACUCGCUCUUUCUCUUCUCGCUUUGUGCUUUCUCACGGUCGCGAUAUCGUCUGAUCACUGGUACGAAACAGACGCUCGCAGGUACAAAGAUCGCUGUCGGGCUUUCUCUAGCCGGCGCAGUGAUCCGGGGUUUAUUUACAUCCCGAGCCACAGUCUGCCGCUGCGCGAGAACCGGCGGCCCGUGAUGCGGGAGCGGCGCGAGCUGUUCGGGGUGAGCGCUGCAGAGGAGUGCAGCCGCCGCUACAAUUCAACCAGCGUGGGCCUGUGGAGCAAAUGCUACAGACCCGGCUUCGACCCGGACAUCGAGCAAUUCAUCAUGAAAGGAACAAUUCAGAGGUGCUCUCACAUCAAGUACUACUACACCUCAUCAACUUUAGUGCGAAAGGAUUUUUCUUACAACAUCACCAAGACGAUUCAGCAGGAUGACUGGCAUGCCUUACAUCUUCGUCGAAUGACAGCAGCUUUCAUGGGCAUGGCUCUUUCCAUCAUCCUGUUUGGCUGGACAAUAGGACUGCUGGGCUGCUGCUGGGAUCAGGGCCUUAUGCACUACGUGGCUGGUCUGCUCUUCCUUAUGGGCGGUACCUUCUGUAUCAUCGCUCUGUGUACUUGUGUGGCUGGCAUCAACUUUGAACUUUCUCGCUACCCACGUUACCUGUUCAGCCUACCAGACGAUAUAAGCCACGGUUACGGCUGGUCCAUGUUCAGUGCCUGGUGUGGUUUGGGUCUGACGCUCAUUGCUGGGUUCUUCUGCACUCUGGCCCCUUCCAUCCAACCUCCACCACCACAGAGCCGUACUCCCUACCCCAAAUCUCGCAUGGAGAAUGAAGUUUAUGAAGGUAAUGGAUUAAAGAAGCAUUUAAUGAGAAAAGCUUCACAUGCUUCUGUUUGAAGAUGGUUGUGGCUAUGCGUGGACCUCUGCUGUAAAAGCACAUUUGUACUGACGCAUAAAAGCGUUCAUUUUGACGUGAAUUCAGAAUAUCCUUCUCUCGAUGGAGCUUCUUGUUCUUUGUUUUAAUGUGCAGUAUCUGUUCAAUACUGAAAAAUGUACUGUUUUACUUUUCACAAGGCACAUUUACCGAGACAUUAUUGCUAAAUAUGUAUAUCUAUUGAAAAUGACGACUUGCCAGUAACAUUGUGGUGUUGUGAUGUGUUCAUUAGAUAAUAAAA